AUGAAAAGCCAAGUACCGGUACAGAAUGAACAGGAUGAAAGAGAACCAGGAGGAAGAGACGAAGAAGUGGCGAUAUCCAUCGAUUCGGAGGAUAGUUUCCCUGAGGGCGGCCUCAGAGCGUGGCUAGUUGUUGCGUCUGCAUGCUUAAUGCUAUUUCCUUCCUUUGGCUUCAUGGUCUCCAUUGGUACUCUUCAGGACUACUGGAAGCAACACCAGCUUUCUAACUAUACGUCUCGGGAUAUAGGGUGGAUCCCGUCCGUAUUCGUGUACUUGGCUUUGGGAUUGGGAAUUUGGGUCGGACCGCUAUUUGAUCGAUAUGGGCCACGGUGGAUUGCUUUGCUAGGGAGUACUGGAUAUCUGAUAAUGGUUUUCCUGCUCGCUGAAUGUAAAGAGUUUUGGCAAUUUCUUCUCUGCUGUGGCGUUCUUGGAGGGAUCACUGGAGCAACCUUGACAACGACGUCCCUCGCGGUUGUGGCGCACUGGUUCAAAGCACGGAGAGGCUUGACACAGGGCAUUGCAAUGAUGGGGUCCUCUUUCGGUGGGCUGACUAUCCCUCUCAUUCUUCGUUCGACCUUUCCGGUGUAUGGAUAUCGAUGGUCCAUUCGAAUCCUUGGAUUCAUUUUCCUGGGCUGCUUCAUCAUCGGAAACAUCUUAAUCAAAGCCCGUAUCCUGCCGUCUACGGCUACCAAAAGGAAGGCAAUCAUUUCACUGUCCAUCUUCGGCGACCUAAGAUUCAGUUUGUUGACAAUCUCGGUUUUCGGCUUUGAAGUUGUCUUGUUCGGUGCUCUGGGGAUUCUGCCAACCUACACAACGCUAAGUACCAACUAUCCACCAGAUACUGGUUUUUACUUGAUCUCGAUCCUCAACGGCGUGUCAUGUCUUGGGCGGAUACUUCCGGGAUAUGUGGCUGAUAAGAUUGGUCGAUUCAACACCUUGCUCCUAAUGAUCAUCUUUACGCUCGUCUGGAUGCUGGUCCUCUGGCUUCCUUUGGGGGAAAAGUCUCUCCCGGCCCUGUACUGCUUUGCGGCACUGUUUGGGUUCGGCACAGGCAGCUGGAUGGCGCUCACUCCAGCGUGUAUAGGCCAGCUUUGCAGGGCCGAGGAAUUCGGGCGGUACUACGGAACGUUGUACUUCAUUGCAAGCCUAGCUACACUCGUUUGCAUCCCGAUUAGUGGAGAGCUCGUCGAAGUUGUAGGACCACAGGCUAUGGUAGCGUUCUAUUGCGCAGUUCUUGGAUUGAGUUUAAUUUCAUUCAUCUUCAGCAGAUGGGCGUGCCUUGGGAGGCGGUGGAUUGUGAAGGCAAAAGUUUGA